AGAUUACCUUAUUAGUUAGCUUCACUCAAAUCUUGGGGGAGGACAGUGAGUGAGUAAUUCAUAUCAAUGCUUUAUUUCUUUAUUUGACUUCAGAGUUAUGAGAGUUUGUUGAUUCUACUACUCAUUCUCGAUUCAUUUCCCGACCAUUUGGUCUCACUUGGACUGUUGGUUCUUCGACUACGACCUCUGUCGCAUACUCCACUUAGACGACCCUCACUCGACCAUCUGGAGAGACGGGGAUCGUGUACUUGAACUCGAGAGAAGAAGAAGAAGCAGCAAGAAGAAGAAGACUCAUCAUCUUCACCCGCACAGCCCAAGAUGGCGACAACGACGUCACUCCUCACAUCACUCAACUGCAAGGGCAACACCCAUCUCAUCAUCGGCACAAAUCCCCUCGCCGCAGCCCGCUGCACACAAACCAUCAACGCCGGCGCAACCCCGAUUCUCAUCGCCCCAGAGACACAAGAUCUCCACUACGGCCUCCAGAAGCGCAUCGACGCCGGCGAGGUGACAUGGCACAGGAAGGCCUUUGCCGACACAGACCUCUUCACUCUAGGUCGCGACGAGGUCGAAAACGUCGUUGACGCCGUCUUCGUCACAUCUUCUUCCUCCCCGCAAGCAGCUCAAAUUUCAGCGCUGUGUAGACGGCAUCGUAUUCCCAUUAACGUAGUCGACGCGCCGCAUCUCUGCUCAUUCUCACUUCUAUCAACACAUACCGAUGGACCUCUACAAAUUGGUGUUACGACAAACGGGCGCGGCUGCAAGCUCGCCUCCCGCAUCCGGCGCGAAGUCGCCGCCGCGCUUCCCCGGGAUCUAGGUGCCGCUUGCGCGAGGCUAGGCGAUGUCCGCAGGCGCAUCCAAACGGAAGACCGUCUCGCGGCAGACGAGGUCGACGAUUCGUUCGACCAGACGGCAUCUUUCAACAAGCUCGUCACCGAGGCGGAUCUCGACGCGGCAAAGAACCGGCGCAUGAGGUGGCUGAGUCAGGUUUGCGAGUACUGGCCCCUGAAGCGUCUUGCCGCCAUCAACGAUGAGGACGUCGAAUCCGUACUGAAGUCGUACUCUGGCUUCGGUAACCCGUCAGAGGAGGCGAGACCACCACCCGUGAUCGCAGCAGGUGGUGCAACACGCCCGCAGCAACAAGGGAGAAUCAUCCUCGCGGGCAGCGGCCCAGGACACCCAGAUCUCCUGACCCGCGCAACCCACAAGGCGAUCCAGACAGCAGACCUCAUCCUCGCAGAUAAACUCGUCCCCGCAGGCGUGCUGGACCUUAUCCCGCGCCGCACACCAGUCAAGAUCGCGCGCAAGUUCCCGGGCAACGCAGACCAAGCCCAAGAGGAACUCCACGAGCUCGCGCUCGCGGGCGCGAAGGAGGGCAAGACGGUGCUGAGGCUGAAGCAAGGCGAUCCCUUCAUCUACGGCCGCGGUGGAGAGGAAGUGGCGUAUUUCAGAGAGCACGGGUUCGGGGAGCGGGUGACGGUGCUACCGGGCAUCACGUCGUCGUUGAGCGCGCCUUUGUUUGCGGGAAUUCCGCCUACGCAGAGAGAUGUCGCGGAUCAGGUCCUCGUAUGUACCGGCACGGGGAAGAAGGGCAAGGUGCCGACGCCGCCCGAGUAUAUCCCUAGUCGGACGGUUGUGUUCUUGAUGGCUCUGCAUCGGAUUACGGGGUUGGUUGGGGAGUUGACGACCUACCUCGAGUCGGAGGUUGCUGCGGGCGAAGGGGAGGAGAAGAGCACACCGCAGAGGGCGCUUUGGCCUAGGGAUACGCCGUGUGCUGUUAUUGAGCGGGCGAGUUGCCCUGAUCAGAGGGUGAUUCGGACGACGUUGGGGUAUGUUGCUGAAGCUAUCGAGGCUGAGGGAAGCAGGCCGCCUGGGCUUCUUGUUGUGGGUAGAGCGUGUGAGGCGUUGUACGAGCGAGAGAAGGGGAGGGCGUGGGCUGUUGAGGAUGGAUUCAAGGGAUUUGAUUUCGAGGAGCUUCCUGGCUUGUCAUGAUGUUUUCCACUCCGUUUUUGGGCGUUUGAAAGGUUCUCCAUUUGCUCGUGAGCCACGGCUUCUUCGUCAGUACCUAGUUCCAUGAUAUCGGUUCAUUCGCGUACGGUUAGAUAAAUACCUUCAGGGAACAAGGCAUUGCAAGGCGCACAUAAAUUUCACAAUUGAAUUCAAUUCAAACUACA